GUGGAGAAGGGAGAAAUUUCGACAGAACGGAUUGAUUUUUGCAACAAUUAUUAACACUGGGUAUGAUAGACAUAAUAUGAUUUGACCACAACGCGGGAUUCUGCAGAUACAUGUUAAAUGCAUUCUGUUGGACCGUCCGAUGUGCGAAACAGUCAUAAUAAGUCAGGAUUCUUCUUUGGAAUAACGUUAAACUAGGAAUUAUAACGCCACGGAGGUAUGGGGCUCGGUGGGGACGGCAACAAUACUGCGGGUCCGCCCGAAGAAACGGAGAAAAAUGCGACAGAAAAUGACACAGGUGACCCGUCCUCGACGUCGGGGAAAGAAAAGACGACACUGGGUUGGGACAUCCGAUCGAUGAGUGUAUCUGGGGAGUCGCUUUAUGCUAAGCUCAACUUGAAUAAGGGAGCAUCAGAGGAAGAAAUAAAGAAAGCAUACAGAAAGGAAGCUUUGAGGCAUCAUCCAGAUAAAAACAGGGACGACCCCUCAGCAGGAGAUAGAUUUAAAGAGAUCAACCGUGCACAUAGGAUCUUGACGGACGAGAAUAAGAGACAGGUAUAUGAUAAGUACGGAACACUAGGCCUCUACCUAGUCGACAACUUCGGGGGGAUGCUGACGACGAAGAAAAUGACUCCUGUAUCGACAGCAAAUGCUUCAUGAUCACGGCAAUAAUAUGCUUCGUUGCGACAGGUUGUUGUUGUUGUUUGCUGUUGUUUCUUUUGUUUCUGGGGAUGUUGCGGGCGGUUCAGGCAAUGUGUGCCGGAUUUAGAUGAUGAAGAUGGUGAUCUCACCAACAUAGAUGGCGGAAGUACUGAUGGAGGAGAUACCGAUGAGCCGGUGAUGAACCAACCCGAAGCCUCGGGCGGAGUGAACAACGAUGUCUUUACAAUGCCCGAUCCAGCAGACCAAUAGCCUUAAGACCGACAAUAUCCGUCUAUAAAAUAAACCCCCUGAAAGGAUGUCAGCCCGUCAUUGUCUGUGUCGUGAGCUGUAGCCAGUGUUGUAAAGAAUGAUAUUAACGUCUAGAAUUCCAAUUUCCUACGCACAAAAAAAAAGAACCUGCGCGCCUGCUUCCACCGUAUCUAUGUUUCAAUUUCAAUGAAUCUAUGGGUUUCGUAAGAAUACAAAUUUAAAAGGAGAAAGUGGAGAGACAAAGAGAGAAAAGAGCGAGAACUCAUGUAUGGCUGACAUAUAAAAAAGAGACGUAUGAUAAGCUUUUUAUACAAAUAAAUGACAUGCAGAUAGGGACUACAAUGUCAUUAACAAAUAAACAAUACAAAAUAUUGUCUUUUUUUUGCAAAAUUUAACAAGGGUAUAUUUUUUCGGGCAAAAUUUCAAUGAUAGAAAGAAAUUAUUAACUUUUUUAAAGUUUCAAUAUAAAGUUCGGCUUCUGAUGAAACUAUGUUCCUUUUUGGAAUGUUUACAUAAUAAAGCCCAUCACAAGAGGGCAGUUAAUAUCAUGCGCGAACUUAGGUCACACUUUUUGACAGACGUCGGUAGUGGUAUUAAAGCCUUCCGAUAUUCUCGUCUUAUCAUUGGUUUGAAGUAAAUACAGCCUUGGAAUGUUAUAUAAUCUGAUUAUAUGAUAAAUUACGAUAAUUCUUAUGGCGUAUGGAACAUGAUUUAUGUUGAUCUGGAUAUUUUGAAAUGUGCAAGAAAAGACAAAUAUUCGCGAACUUUGGUCACCCCUUCAUAAUACUACAUGUCUUUGAAUUAUGGGCGAAUCCAGGGGGGGUGACGGGUCCGCCCUACCCCGCCCUGGCUUUUGUCGUUCAAAGGCGGGAGGGGGGUGGAUGUUGAA